AUGCUCAGAUCAAUUCGUUGCUCAAUUGCUAAACAAGCAACUCAUCAAUCCUCACUUAUCCCAGUGUACACACAUAUUCGUUUCAACUCACAAGCUCCUGUUCCUAUUAAUGACGAUGCUGCAUCAACUUCAACACCGGCCCCUCGUUUUCACCGUAUAGAUAAAGCUGGCUCGCAAGAACCAGCUGAUGCUGCCGAUGCCGCUGCAACAAUUCUUGCUGACUUGCGUGACUUGCAAACCAAUCCAAACAAGGCAACAUGGAUUGACGCGUUAAAGGAGAGGGAGAAACUUGAAGCUCAGGGUAAGAAAAUUGGAAGUUUUACUUAUGUUAACCCUAUUACCACCGAUGUGAUUGAAAAGACUAGAGAGGAUUCAUUUUCAUACUUGCUUUUACCUUUCAAAAAGGACAAAUGGCUCUGCGAUGCAUACAUUAAUGCAUUUGGAAGAUUACGUGCUGGCCAAUUGUUUCAAGAUCUUGAUGCAUUGGCUGGAAGAAUUGCAUAUCGACAUUGUUCACCUGCCGAACCUGUCAAUGUUACAGCAAGUGUUGAUAGAAUCUAUAUGGUGAAAAAAGUAGAUGAGAUUAUGAAUUAUAACUUUGUGCUUGCUGGAAGUGUGACAUGGACCGGUAAAAGUUCAAUGGAAAUCACAGUUAAAGGCUAUGCAUUCGAAACCGAUAUUGAGGAAUCAAGCUUGACCAAUGAAGGUGCUUUACCCGAUGAGAAUGUGUUUUUAACUGCCAAUUUCACUUUUGUGGCAAGACACCCAGUAACCGGCAAAAGUUUCCCCAUCAAUAGACUCCUUCCCAUAACUGAACAAGACUGGAUUGAUUAUCGCAAAGCCGAAUCCCAUAAUGCAAAGAAGAAAUUGAUGGCCAAGAACCACAGGAUGAUUGAACCAACACCAGAGGAGUCGAAAUUGAUAUACGAUAUGUGGAGAUCUACCAAAGCUCUUAUCGCAGAUGACAAGGUUGAACACAUCACCAAAUCUACAGGCGUCUCAUUCAUGAAAGAUACAAGCCAAGAGUCUACAUUGUUUAUGCAACCACAAUAUCGUAACCGUCAUUCCUAUAUGAUAUUUGGAGGCUACUUGUUACGUCAAUCUUUUGAGUUGGCUUACUGUACAGCAGCAACAUUCUCGGGAGCUGGACCCAGGUUCGUGAGUUUGGACUCUACUACGUUCAAGAGCCCAGUACCUGUGGGUUCAGUUCUCACAAUGAAUGCAACCAUAUCAUAUACUGAACAUCUUCAUGAUGAUACUGCAAAAGCUGAGUUGAAAGAACAAGAUGGUAAUAGCCACUCACCAUUUAAUUUCAAACUACCACCAAUGAACAAGAUCAGUUCCAAUCCAGAUGCAUUUUUGAAUGAGGCAGGUACAUUAAUUCAAGUUAAAGUUGAUACAUGGACACAGCAACUUGAAGGCGGUCCUACUGGAAAGCCAAGUAAAGAAGGAGGCAAGACCGCAGCUGGAACAUUUAUCUAUUCCUUUUUUGUUCCCAAAGACUCUUAUUCUGAAAGUGAAGUUGGCUAUUGUUCAGUGAUACCUCAAACGUAUUCCGAGAUGAUGACUUAUGUUGGUGGAAGAAGACGUGCUGGCGACACUGCACAAUACGUUGAAACCUUACCUCCAAGUAUUCGUUAA